CCAGAGAACGGUGUCUAACAGUAGACCAGAGUUCUAUCUAUCAACCACCACAAACAAAGAACACCUGAGUCAUGUCUCCUGCCAGGUGGCCAACUCAAGGGUACAAAGUAUCUGUACAGUCCGGCAAAUAGCCGCUAGCGGCUAUGUACGGUCUCUGAGUGGGUGCUGGGUAUUGGGAUUACCAUCAAUGACAGCCGCAAAUUGCAACCCGAACCCUUGUUUGCCUUUCUUUGUCGGGGCGAAUCGAGUUGGCGGUUGCUGUGCGUCUGAGAGGGUCGAUGGCGUUUGAUCUGCGGGUUCUGUGGUUAGGCUUUUCUUUUGGGUGGAUUGAUGUGCUUUCAAUUGUGGGUUUGUUUCGCGAGGUUGACUUUAAGUGGUCUUGUCCUAGGGAUCGACUAUUUUCCCCAGGGAGUAUAGAGCUUAGAGAUGCACGAUAUGUUUAGAUCGAUGCUGUGCCCUGUCCAGCCUCUCUCGAAAGUGUAUGAAUACGAUAUAGUACUAAAUUUAAGACUUGGUUGAUAUCUU